GGAAAAAGGGGUGAUUUUUGGUGUAAAUCUAGACUGUAAUACUGUAAUAUAUCACAGUACCUCGUAAAACCGACACUAAAACCUCCCGGCCUACAAAUCACCGGUCAAAUUAUGAGUUCAUUGUAUUAUGCGAACGCUUUGUUUUCCAAAUAUCAAGCAGCAAGUUCGGUUUUCCCAACCGGGGUAUUUCCAGAGCAAACUUCGUGCGCUUUUGCGUCUAGUUCACCGCGUACCGGUAGCUAUGUAUCGGGCUCCGGCGGAGCAGCCUUCUCUUCUUCCUCAUCACUGUCCGGACUGUACAACAAUGGAGGAAACAUCCCCUCUCAAAAUCCCGGUAUGUACACCUCUGCGUACGGGCUGGGCGCCGGCUCCCUGAACAUGCACUGUUCUCCGUUUGACCAUCCCAGCCUCUCCAUGGUUUGCUCUGGUGACCCGUCCAAGCUUUCCAGCUGCGGCAAAGCAGAGCAACAGAACGAGGACAACUUACGGAUCUACCCCUGGAUGAGAAGCUCAGGUGCAGACAGGAAGCGAGGCCGACAGACGUACACGCGCUACCAGACUCUGGAGCUCGAGAAGGAGUUCCACUUCAACCGCUACCUGACGCGCAGACGACGCAUCGAGAUAGCUCAUGCGCUGUGCCUCACCGAGCGACAGAUCAAAAUAUGGUUCCAAAACAGAAGGAUGAAGUGGAAGAAAGAAAAUAAGACGACCGGACAGAGCUCCCCUACAACUGAGCAACAGGCAGGAGAAGAAGAGGAGGAUGAAGAGGAGUAGCCUUAUCACAGGAACAAUGAAGGAGUAUAGCUAAUAGGACUGAUAUGGAUAAAAUCAAGGGUGACAUUUUCCCCUUAUCUUACACUGAAUAGUCAAACAUACAAUACUACCUACUAAGAUCAUUGUUUAUAAUUUUGAAGUCCAAAGCCAAGGACUUUUUUUGGUAAAGGUGGGCCUGUAUUUAAAGGAAAGUGUUUGUUUGAAUUGAUAGGAUAGUCUUGUACGUUAAUGUUGCUUGUAUUUUAAUUGACCCUGCAUUGAUGUUGCUUGUGCUGUUUUUGCAGUCAGUCGUAUAAUCUUGCAUAAUCGACCUGUAAAACUGCAAAACGCUCGUUGCCAAAGCUAUCCUUAAAAGGCAUCAGCUUUUUGGAGGUUUAGAAAAUCUCAAAGGUGAUCCUUGUUAUAUUCAGUUAUCCUCUGUGUACCUCUGUUUGUAUUUAGUCGUUUUGAUAGGCUAAUGAGUUUUACCGCUAUGCAAUUUGAUUUGAUGCAGUCUUUUUUAUUGUUAAUGUGUACAGUGGACCACAAAAUGUAGCCUAGGAAAUGUAUAUUUUUGCGUUGUGAGGGACGUUUCGUUUUACAAUUGCACAAUAUGUUUAUGUCAAUAAAAAUAAUCAAUG